CUAAAUCAAUCAAUUUAUAAAAAAUUAUAAAAAUGAUAGACGAAAAUAAUAGCUAUGUAAUUAUUUAUCUAUUCAGCUUCUAAGUAUUGCUUAUUGUUACUAGAAGAUUAUAUAUUAUAUAUAGAGAACUGGUUUUAUUUCUGGAAAACCCAGAUCAUCGUAAGGUCAUUGAAGUCGCAUUCAUAUGAUAAUAUAGAAAGAUAUUUUCUUUAAAUGAUAUAUAAAUUUUAAAGAAAAUGUCAAUACUUUCGAACUUAUCUCGUCGUUUUCAUAUGUUAACGACUGAUGCAAAACCUGAUCCACCACGAGUACCAAUUAAAGGAUAUACGCACAAUUUAGAAUCAAUAAACAAUGAAACAAAGAAAUCCAAUGCUACUACAGAAUCACAAUUUACACGAAAUGAUAUAACAUUCGAAAAGAGCGAUGCAAUACCUGUCACAAAUGUUAAUUCUCCUACCAAAGAACAACAUAAUUUGAAUAAUAUAAAAAGUUCUGCACAUGAUUCAAAAGAACAUACAAAACCGAAUAUUAAAACGAAAAAAAAACCAAAGCAAUAUAAAUCUUCACAAGGAACACACGUCAUAAAUUAUAAUAUAAUUAAUUCGAAUGAUGUGAAAAUUGGUCCGAGAACUAGUUAUAUUUGUAAUAUUAAUCAAUUAACUAAGAAUAAGGUUGAAGAAGACGUAAAAUCAAAAACCCGUCAAAUGCCAAUAGAAGUAGAACGUUUAUGUACUUGCAAUGAUGAAAUUACUUUAGAUGAUAUAUUUACUAUUAAAACUUAUAUUGGACAUGGUUGGAAAGAUGUCGCUAGAAAAUUAUUAUACUUGGAUGGUCAAAUUGAACAAUUCGAAGAAAAUUAUAAAUACAGAGGCAUAAGUAAUCUAUCAAAUAUUUCUCGACUGGAAACAAGCUAAUACAAAAGAUGCAGAAAUUGGUAAAUUGAUAAAUAUAUUAUGGACAUGCAAAGAAUACGAUUGUGCGGAACGAUUAGUAUCUGUUCGCAAAAAUUUGAUAUAAUGUUUCUUAAUGUGUGAUAUUGUAUUAGAUUUUUUUAAUGAUUUAUGUUUCAAUCAAUUAUGUUUAAAUAAUUGUUAUAUUCAUUAAUUAUAAAUAAAAAUUAAUCUUAUUAGUAAUUAAAUAUUUUAAUUCCCAUAAUUAGAAGAAAAAAAUAAGAUCUAUUAUAAAAUUGUAAGAAAUUAACUUCUAUUUUUUAUUUAUUUUAAUAAAUAAAUUAUAACGAAAAUAAAAUAAUAUAA